AUGACGCUGUCAGAACAACAAAUAUUAGCCAUCUCGGCUACAGAGCGUGUUUGCUCGACUGUCUCCCUUGUUGGCACUUUCGUUAUAGUCGCUACUUUUAUUUGGUCCCCCACAUUCCGUAAACCCAUCAACCGCUUGGUGUUCUAUGCAUCAUGGGGUAACAUGAUGGCUAAUAUAGCCACCAUCAUAUCGGCAGACGGGAUUCAUUCUGGGGUUGAUAGUUCCCUGUGCCAGUUUCAAGGGUUUUUGAUUCAAUGGUUCAUGCCCGCCGAUGCACUAUGGACUUUUGCAAUGGCAUGCAAUGUUUACCUAACAUUCUUCCACAAAUACGACUCGGAGCAACUACGUCGGCUCGAAUGGAAAUAUGUGCUCUGCUGUUACGGUGUUCCAUUCGUCCCAGCUUUCGCAUACUUCUUCAUCCAGACCCAAGCUCGGGGCCGAAUAUAUGGCUCCGCCCUCCUCUGGUGCUGGAUCUCUGUACAGUGGUCCUUCCUCCGCAUCGCUAUCUUCUACGGACCAGUCUGGCUCAUUAUCUCAUUGACCUUCGCCAUCUAUUUACGAGCAGGGACGGUGAUUUACCAGAAACGGCGCCAGCUUCGGAACCUCGGCGGCAUUGACUCAGAUCUUGUCCCAGAAUCUCCCUUUGCUAUGUUGACUGGCAUUCAAGUUACCAGGGAGAUUGCCUGUUUCACUCCAGAGCGCCGGUCCUUGUCGGAGGGCGACGCGAGCGGGUUGCCGUCUAAUGCGUUCAGAGCAUACUCGGUCACGAUCGAGGGCGGUAGUACAGCCAACACGCUUCAAAAGUCCAGCUCAAAAACCGAUUCCAGCCCUCUUCAGCAGGAGAAUUUUGGCAAGACUGGGCGGCCGGAUGGGGCAGACUCACAGCGGAGGUCGACGUCCACAGAAGCUAGUUCAGCAACGUGGGCAUAUACAAAAUACGCUAUGCUGUUCUUCAUUGCAUUGCUUGUUACAUGGGUCCCCUCAACGAUAAACAGAGUCUAUUCCCUGGCUCGUCCUAACAACUUUAAUUUUAACGCGUAUGCUCGUGGCGCAUAUCCCGUUCGGCGACGAAUAUACAAUCUUUCAAUCUACGGAAAGACUCUCAAAGCCCGAGUCCUGCUCUUUUGGUGA